AUGCCUUCAAAUUCAACUUACCCGGCUGUUAUUCAUAUUCGGGACUUUGUCGAACAUAUCGAACCGGACCCUACACGCCCUGGUAAGGGGCAGUCCAUGCAGCUCCGUAUCUCCCUCAACAUACCUUUAAAGGACAUUCAAUCAGAGGAUGUCGAACACGAUGAGAUUCCCACUCUGAUCAGGUUUUUUAAUGAGGGUAACCAGCCUGACCUUUAUAAGCCGAACACUUUUGUCUAUUCCUCAGGAUCUUUCCUGACUACUUCUGACAAUGAUGAGGAAUUUCAUAUUAUUAUCCAUGCUCACACUUUGCACCGUCAUCCGGGAAAUGAAGAAGAUACUGAAACAUAUUUCAUGCACUGCCCCGAAGCUGCUCAGCCUACAGUGACAUUUCUCGGUAUUGUUCUUGAACGUGGUGGUGAACUAAACGGCGGGCCAACUCUUCUUCACUACCGUUUCCGGACUACUGUUUACAACAGUUCCACUCGAACCUAUCACACCUUCCCAGUCACCGUGUACUUCAAAAACGGUCCGCGAUGGGCCAACUUUCCAGCACUAAACAUCAAUUCCUAUGUUUUCUUGACGGGUCGCAUUUUCGGCCUCACAAAAAAACAUCGCCAACUAGCCGUCGUCACGGAUGAUAUUCAUUUCCUCCCAACACCAACCCAUCAUUUGCCCGCUACCCCAUCCUCGACUGGUAAACGGAAGCGUGUUGGCCGUUGGUCCCAACGGGCAGGCCCUCAAACCCCGACUAAAUCGGCGCCAAGUUCGCUGACCGAUUCCCUUCCUUUCGUCCAUCCACGACUAGAUUUCUCUGCUACAGUCUCCCUUGAUGAUGAGGAUGAGGGCGCUACACAAAUUACCUGGCCA